GGUUCAAACUUUGAGGGGAAAAAGAAAAAACAUGGAGGCAGCGCAUUACGCCAUUCUUCCUCUCUCACUUUGAGAAAAAGUGGGAUUUAAAAAGGUUCUCAGAAGAUCUGGAUCAGAAUAGAGCAGUGGAGGGUUAACUGCAAGUCUCUGGUUCUCCUCUCAUCUUUACAGAAGAACCUUUUGGACGCGCGUCCUGUGCCAUUACGGCCGGAUCUUUACGCAGCAUUAUGACUCUGACAUUUCGAGAAAAGACGCUCGAUCUCCAGCAAAAAAAAGUCAGUUAUAGCCCACGUCUUUACUUUUACAGCCUUGCAUAUGUCUACAGCUUAUGCCUGACACGGAAAACACGUUUUAUCCAGGACUUUAGUGGCACAGCUGAGUUCGCAGAAUGAGCAUCCUCCGCUCAAAGACUCUCUGAUUCUCCACUGACUGCGUUUAUUACAAUGUGGGCCUGGCACAUUGGGCUUUAGGAUGACACUUGUCAAGUUCCUGCUGUUGAGCUGCUGGACUCUUCUUUACGCGCAUCCGUUGCUGGCUUCACUCAGACCCACAGCGGGUUUCACUGGGACAGGCGCCGCGUGGAGACCGUCUCCAGCCAGAAUCACGCGCAUCCAGGCAGCAGCAGGACCCGCGCUCACGAGAGGAGCAGCUGGAGUCAGUAAAGUGAAACACGGCGCGCAUUCGGCCCCGGUUGGGACACGCACCGUGAGGCACAGGGCGGUGGGGUCACAGGGGCGCGCGUGGACGGACAGAGAGCCCGCUUUAAGGACGCACUUCACUUACGCAGCACCGCAUCUAGAAGUGGACAACGGAAAGACCGAGGGCGCAGUGAGGACAGUGCCACGACCCGGAGACACUCAGAGAACAACGACUGUGCAGAGACUGAACCGGCAGCAGCUUCAGCAGAGCGCGACCCCCGCAGCUCAGCGCGCUGUCAAGGCUCCAAAAGCUGCUCCAGAGCGGGAUGCGCAGCACAGGCAGCCGCUGGUCGUCCCCCACGACUACAUGCUGUCCCUCUACUGGUCCCUGUCCAAUGGAGACGCCAACAGCAGCGCGCUGCACGAGGCCGGACUGGCCAACACCAUCACCAGCUUCGUGGAUAAAGGACAAGAUGAGCGUGGGCCACAGCUUAGACGACAGAGAUAUUUCUUCAACAUCAGCUCCCUGGAUCGAGACAGCCUCUUGGGGGCUGAGCUGCGCAUCCUGAGGAAGCACCUGUCCGACCCCCGCCGCGUCUCCAUGGUAACGCAGGGGUCUACGGUCACCGGGCCGUGCCUUCGCCUCUACACCUGCGCCUCAGGUCGACAAAAGCCCAGUCUGCUGCACACCAAGACUAUGGACGAUGUGGUUAGUGGGGGCGGAUUUGGCAGCAAAUGGGAAGUAUUUGACAUAUGGAAAGUUUUCAAGGGUUUAAAGCAUCAGCAGAAUGCACUCUCCAAGCAGCUGUGCUUUGAACUGGAAGCACUGCAGUAUCGGGGCGGCCGGCCCAUGGACCUUCGAACUCUUGGGUUUGGUCGUCCUGGAAGGAGCAACAAGGAAAAGGCGUUUCUCCUGGCGUUUGGCAAAAGCAAAAAGAGGGACCUAUUUUACAGUGAGAUCAAAGCGCGAUCGGGCCAUGACAAUAAAACUGUCUAUGAGUACCUCUUCACACAGAGGCGAAUGCGACGGGCUCCGGCCGCCAGGGCAAAUAAAAAGCCCAUGCAGCCGCCCCAGGCUUUCCCUCAAAACCAGGUCAUUAAAGCUCAAACCAAACGCUGCCAUAAGAAACAGCUGCAUGUGAACUUUAAGGAGAUGGGCUGGGACGACUGGAUCAUCGCUCCACUGGAGUACGAGGCCUUUCACUGCGAUGGGGCCUGUGACUUCCCCAUACGCUCACACCUCGAACCCACCAACCACGCCAUCAUACAAACUCUAAUGAACUCUAUGGACCCCUCCUCAACACCGCCCACGUGCUGCGUCCCGACUAAACUCAGCCCCAUCAGUAUUCUCUACAUCGACUCUGCCAAUAACGUGGUGUACAAACAGUACGAGGACAUGGUGGUGGAGUCCUGCGGCUGCAGGUAGCAGACGUGAACCGUGCCCCGAAAUAUGUGUAGUCCAAAUGUAUUUUAAUGAACAGAGUUUCACGUCACAGUUUCGGUUCUUGAUGCAGCUGCAGUUUCAAACAAACAAAGCCCCAAACACUUCACA